AUGAUAACAAACGAUUACGACGAAAAUCCCCGAAGACGUCCCACGGAAGAAGAUGAUGACGAAGAUGAUAAUGACCCACAACAACAAAAUGGUGGUGAUUAUGAUGAAACUGGUGGUUUUGAUGAUGGACCCAAAUACCACAACAACAGCAAUCGCAUGUUGGGUCAACGUUCAAAUUCAACCAUGAUGGGAGGCGAUUACUAUGAUGAUUCAGGCUUUUCUCCAGCUGUUGGACAGCAACACAGCAAUCCAACAAAUAUUAUGAACAAUGUUUCGCCAUCAUCAACAUCUUCAGUUUCACCUCCAUAUGGCGGUCAAGGAUCAUCAGGAGGAUCAUCAGACCGACUGGCAUCAUUCAGGUUAACAAAAUCGAGAAGAAGAAAGUCGGCCAAUAUGGUUGAGAGACCGGUCUUCUUUACUUCAGAACGACAUCAACCUUUUGUUCCCGUUCCAAAAGAGGUUAUUGACUGGAGAAUGAAACAACGGUUGAAAACUGUACACGUGGCUCUCGUAGUAUGUCUCAAUAUCGGUGUAGAUCCACCAGAUGUUGUCAAAGUACAUCCAUGUGCCAAAUACGAAUGUUGGGUUGACCCACAAGCACAUCCACAAAAAGCUCUCGAAGGCAUUGGUGCUAACUUGAAAAUGCAAUAUGAACGAUGGCAACCAAGAGCUCGUUACAAGCAAUGCCUCGAUCCAACAGUCGAAGAUGUAAAAAAGACCUGUGUACAGUUGAGAAAGAGUGCCAAGAAGGAACGAAUUUUGUUCCACUACAAUGGUCACGGAGUUCCCAAACCUACCACCAAUGGUGAAAUUUGGGUUUUUAACAAAACUUUCACCCAGUAUAUCCCUCUUUCAUUGUAUGAUUUGUAUUGUUGGAUGGAUUCUCCAUCAAUUUAUGUAUUUGAUUGCUCUAAUGCAGGUAUAAUUUUGAACAGUUUCAUUCAAAUCAUUGAACAAAAAGAUGUUCCUCCACGUGGAAGUAUGAUGAGAAAGGAAAAUAUUAUUUUGGCUGCAUGUGGAGUGAAUGAAAAUUUACCAAUGAAUCCUGAUUUCCCAGCAGAUUUAUUUACAUCAUGUCUCACAACUCCAAUCAAGAUUGCUCUUAAUUGGUUCAUGCAACGAAACAAACUUGUGGACGGUGUUACAGAAGAACUCAUUGAUAAUAUUCCUGGGCGAAUUAACGAUAGAAGAACACCAAUUGGAGAGUUAAAUUGGAUUUUCACUGCUGUCACAGAUACCAUUGCAUGGAAUGUGUUACCUAGAGAUUUGUUCCACAAAUUAUUUAGACAAGAUCUUUUAGUUGCUAGCUUAUUUAGAAACUUUUUAUUGGCUGACAGAAUUAUGAGAUCUGCAAAUUGUACACCUGUGAGUUAUCCAAAACUUCCAGAGACUCACAACCACCCAAUGUGGGACGCAUGGGAUUUAGCUUUAGAUCAAUGUGUCUCACAACUUCCAAAUUUACUCAACAAUCCCAAUGCUGAGUAUCAGUAUAGUCCAUUCUUUUCCUCCCAACUAACAGAUUUCCAAGUUUGGUUAGAUUUUGGACAUCGAAUUCAGAAACCACCAACUCAACUUCCAAUUUUGCUUCAAGUUUUAUUGAGCCAGAGUCAUCGUUUGAGAGCUUUGACACUUUUAGGAAGAUUUUUGGAUAUGGGAAGUUGGGCUGUUAACUUGGCUCUUUCUGUUGGUAUUUUCCCAUACGUUCUCAAAUUAUUACAAAGCAAUUCUUUAGAGCUUCGAAGAAUACUAGUAUUUAUUUGGACCAAAAUUUUAGCACUUGACAGACCUUGUCAAGUCGAUUUGGUCAAAGAUCAUGGUCAUAGCUACUUUAUCAAUAUUCUGGUAGAACGAAAUAAUGAUAGUGAGCUACGAGCAAUGGCAUGUUUUGUUCUAUCGGUCAUUGCCGAUCGAUUUAUUCCAGGCCAACAAGCUUGUUUAAAGUACAAGAAUUUGUUUGAUGUUUGUGCAGCUCAAUUGAUUGAACAGGAUUCACUUUUACGAAAAUGGGCAUGUUUGUUAAUUGCUAAACUAUUGGAAGACUUUGAUGAAGCUCAAGAAGUCGCAAUCAAAGUUGGAACACAUGACAAGAUUUUACACUUGUUAAAUGACGAUGUUCCAGAGGUGAGAGCAGCUUGUGUUUUCACAUUGCAAAAGUUUAUUGGUUUGAAGCCUGAAAAGACUGAAGAACGAAUUCAAGGUGAGAUUAAAAUUGGUACUGCUCUCUAUCAGGUGAUUUUGGAUGGUUCACCUUUAGUGCGAAAGGAGCUUGUUUAUGCACUGGGUACUCUCAUUCAGCAAUACGGAGAAUACAUUGCACCUGAAUUGCUCAAAUCCAUCAUUAGAGAAGAGACUCAUCAUCUCACCAGUGCUCCAACCCCGAUUCUAGUUUCUGGCUCCAAUCCACAAAAUCCUUCUACUCCUAGUACUUUAAUUUUCCAACAAAAGAAGAAAAAGAAGAAGGAUAGAAAAACCUUGGAAGCAGACCUCAACUCUCAAACUCCAACACCAAAAGAUUCCAAAGUAUUGAAAGACAUGAAGGACCGAGAGCUUGGUACUCUCUCAUAUUUUGUAUUGGAUGUUUGUCGAGUGGUCAUCAUGCUUUGCUUUGAUCCGGUACGUGAGGUCGCAGAAGAAGCUCACAAGAUACUUUCCUUCAUGAAGUAUUCAUUCACGAAAUUGAAUGAUGAUGAAUUUGAGAGAGAGCUCUUUUUAAUCAAAGAAAAGGCCUUCAAUGCACAAUCUGUUCCAAAGAGUCCUUCACUGAAACCAAUGCCAAAGCGAUUAAUGGAUAAAUUAUCAAUAAGAAAGAGUGCAAGCGAUUCUGAUUUCUUAAAAGCAGGGUAUGCUCAACAACAAAACAACUACUCGGAUGACGAUACUGACUCUGACAGCAUGGACGCCACUUCUGCCUCUACCCAUCAACUAGUUUUUAUGAAAUCUUCCUUCUACGAAAGAAGUUGUGAAUAUUUUUCGAAUCCAAUUCUACCAGAAAAUGUAACAAAGGAUGACUUUGUGUCACCUCAAACAUUGAAGAGACGAAAACGUAAUGAACAUUUAGUGAAGGAAGCUAGUACCAUGUUGAAACUUGUUGGUAAGAGAAAACUUGAGGAGCAAAUUGGAUUCUUUGGAAAUGAGACUGAAAUUGUCUCGCAAAUGAAAUUCCACGGAUUUGAGCCAUAUCUAGUAGUUUCCGAUGAAAACGACGGGCUUACAAUUUGGAACUGGGUCCGUGGAGCCAUUGUGAAUCAAUUCAAAUGUGGUGACAUUCUGAAGAGUAGAAUAACUGAUUUCCACAUUAUUAACGAGGAGUCAGAACAAUCCAUGCUUUUGGUUGCUUCAGCUGCAGGUAAUGUGGCCAUUUACAAAAAUUACGAAAAGAAAGAGGAGCCUGUUUCUUCUUUCAGAGCUGCUCAUGAAGCUAUCGCCAACGAAAGUGGUUUGGGAAUUUUAACUGAAUGGCAACAACAUAAUGGAACAUUAUUUGUCACUGGAGAUAUCGAAAAGGUGAAAAUUUGGGAUGUUGAAAAGGAACUCUGUGUUCAAAAUUUGCAAUUGGAUUCUCCUGUAACCUCGAUUACUUCAGAUCCAAACAAUGGCUUCCUUUUUGCUACAGGCUGUACCAAUGGCAAGAUAUUAAUUUUUGACAAGCGAGAAUCGAGUUCGAGUCCUAUUUUAAGCCAUCAACUUAUUUCACACUAUGAAGAAUGCCACAAGAAUUGGGUUGUAAGCACCAAGAUUCAAAAUGUGAACAGUUAUCAAGUGAUUAGUGGUUGUGCCAACGGUGACAUUAUGUUCUGGGAUACUCGAGUGACCAAUAAGUGUGUCAAACAAUUCAAUGCCCACAAAGGUUCCAUGACUGCUCUGGCCAUUCAUAACUAUGCUCCAGUACUUGCAUGUGGUAGUAAUAAUCAAUUUAUUAAGGUUUUCAAUACUUCUGCGGAAACUCUAAGCAUGAUUUAUUAUCAUGAUGGAUUUUUGGGUCAGAGAAUCGGUCCAAUUUCAUGUCUUGCAUUCCAUCCUUUCCGAAUGUGUCUAGCUGCUGGUUCUACUGAUUCUAUUAUUUCACUGUACUCGAGUCAAGAAAAGCCAUAG